UUUACAGCACAAGUGGUGAAAAGUGAUUGCCAAAGAUCAGCUUUUAUAGAGAAAUAUCUAUGGCGGAACCUAAAUUCUGAUACUAUUGGGUGCGUGAAGUCACAUAUCAUUUCGGAAAAAGAAAAAAUGGGCUGUAACUUCAGUUCUGAGUACUCGGACACUGAAUGGAUCGAGAACUUGGAUGAGAUUUGUGAGCACUGUAACUGUCCCAUACCUCCACAAACCUGCAACCCUUACACAGAUCAACUGAUUCCGGCUUCACCACCUUCAUCUCCUCUACCAGACAACCUGGCAGUAGCGUGCUACAGCUAUGAACCCGAACAUGAUGGUGACCUGGGCUUUGAGAAGGGGGAAAAACUAAAGAUAAUUAACAGGGAUGAUCCGGAGUGGUAUAUGGCAGAGUCUCUCACCACAGGACAGCAGGGCUUCAUCCCACACAACUUUGUUGCAAUGAACACAGUGGAGACUGAACCGUGGUUCUUUAGGAACAUUUCUAGAAAUGACGCCAUGAGACUCUUGCUCGCUCCUGGAAACACAAGGGGCUCCUUCCUCAUUCGGGACAGUGAGACAGCCCCAGGGUCGUACUCCUUAUCAGUCAGAGACUUGGACCAAAGCACUGGUGAAGGAGUGAAGCACUACAGGAUCCGCAACUUGGACAAUGGUGGUUUCUACAUCACCACCAAGAUAUGUUGUAGUUCCCUGAAGGAGCUCGUCCAGCAUCAUUCACUUGAUGCCAACGGCUUAUGCACCAAGUUGGUGAAGCCAUGCCAGUCGAGAAUGCCUCAGAAACCAUGGUGGCAAGAUGAGUGGGAGAUCCCUCGAGAGUCCUUGAAAUUGGUGAACAAGCUUGGUGCAGGCCAAUUUGGAGAUGUGUGGAUGGGUCUCUACAAUAAUGACAGGAAGGUUGCCGUUAAAGUUCUAAAGAUCGGCUCGAUGUCAGCAGAAGCUUUUCUGGAAGAAGCCAACAUGAUGAAGAACCUACUACAUCCUCGCCUUGUGCGGCUCUUUGCCGUGGUGAGCCAGGAGCCCAUUUAUAUUGUCACGGAGUACAUGGAAAAUGGUAGCCUGCUGGAUUAUUUAAAAACAACACAGGGGAGUCGUUUGUCUGUGAAAACUUUGAUAGACAUGGCAUCUCAGGUAGCAGACGGCAUGGCUUACAUCGAGCAGAAAAAUUACAUUCAUCGAGACCUGCGAGCCGCCAAUAUUUUGGUGUCCCACGAACUCAUCUGUAAGGUUGCGGACUUUGGACUAGCUCGACUCAUCGAGGACAGUGAAUAUACAGCCAGGGAGGGUGCCAAGUUUCCCAUCAAGUGGACCGCCCCAGAAGCUAUCAAUUAUGGGAAAUUUUCGAUAAAGUCCGAUGUGUGGUCAUUUGGGAUCCUCCUGACAGAAAUGGUUACAUAUGGACGUAUACCAUACCCCGGUAUGUCCAACCCAGAGGUGAUCCAGAUACUGGAGCAGGGCUACAGAAUGCCAAAGCCAGACAAAUGUUCAGAUGGACUUUAUAAUAUUAUGUGUCACUGCUGGAAGGAGACUCCAGAAACUCGACCCACCUUUGAGUAUCUGAGGAGUGUUCUGGAGGACUUCUUUGUUGCCACAGAGCGUCAGUACCAAGAGUAGCCGGGACUGUUCAGAAAGACUUUUGGACAAAUGUACAAUUGAUUUUAGGCAGCCUGGGAUGUGUUUGUGGGGCACAGCAUGCUCUUGCCAUUUUGGAUCUAAAAUAAAGUGUCUAGGCUAUAGAGCGCACCAGUAUUUAAGCUGCACCCACCAAAUUUUAGAACGAAUAGAUGUUUUACAUAUGUAUAUUAGCCGCACCGGAUUAUAAGCAGCACAUAUAAUAUAUCUCCUGCUUAUAAUCCGGUGAUAUAUAAGCAGUGUUGGGACUAACGCGUUACAAAGUAACGCGUUACUGUAACGCCGUUAGUUUCGACGGUAACUAGUAAUCUAACGCGUUAUUUUUUAUAUUCAGUAACUCAGUUACCGUUACUACAUGAUGCGUUACUGCGUUAUUUUACGUUACUUUUUAUGUAGUAUUGGCUUGAAACAGAAGAUCUGAGUGUGUUGUGUGGCAGCACUACGGUGUCGUUCUUCUGAAUCUCUUGUGUCACACGGAGGAGCCGCCGCGCUGUGUGUGUGUCUGGGUGCAGGAAGAAGAGGGAGGGGAGGGUGCGCGCAGCAGCAUUCGUGAGGGAGGGGCGGAGACAGAGAGAGCGAGAGAGUUGUUAACACGCAUGCGUCGCCAGGCUCAGCUUUUUACCGAUAGAUUUAUCGGAUUUAAUUUUUUAUUAUCUAUAGCAGGGGUGUCAAAAGUGUGCCCCGGAGGCCAUUUGCAGCCCACAGCUAAUGUUUUAAAGGCCCACAGCACUUUCUAAAAAUACUAUUAAAAUAAACAAAAACAUAACAAAAGUGAAAUAAAAAAGCUUAAAGGUGAAAUGUAAUUUAGAAAACGUUGCAAUGUUGACUAAUAAAACAAAGCUGUUUUUUUUUUCUUUCAAACUCAUUGCUCAAAACAUAAUAUUGAAUCAAAAUCAAUGUUAUUAUGAAUUAUAGUACACACACUCUGUCAAUUCUCUUAUAUACUCUUUAUUUCUAGACUUCUAGAGUGUUUGAUUAUCACAUCGCUCUAAAUGUAUAAAAAAUAAAAUUCACAAACAUAAAGAGGGAUCCUAGUGGGCGAGGCCAAUAUUUCCUUAUCUCUAAACUAAAACUGGGGAAAUGUGUAGAGUGUUCUGGGCUUCAGACAAGAUUUUAUUUCAGAAUUCCUUGAGAGAAAAAACGCCUGGUUAGGCUUUGGUAUGUAAAAAUAAAGUUAAAGUACGUAUUUCGUUUACAGCUACGUUGUUAUUAUGCUGUUUGUUACUUAUGUAUGUUAUGUUGCAGCUAUUUAAAAUAGUUUUGUCAAUUUGUUCUGGCCUGAAAUAAGUUGGCCCUUUGAAACAUAUCUUUGUCUUUGUGUGUUGUAUGUAGACCACAUUGCUUAGCAGAGUUCAGUGAUGCAAAUGCAUGUCAAGUUGAUCAACACAUUGUAUUAUUCUCCAGUGCAAUAACAGUACUGAAAUGAAGGCUAAAAGGGCAUUAAUGGGAGCUUUAAAAAAAGAAGUAACUAAAUAGUUACUUUUCACAGUAACGCAUUACUUUUUGGUGUAAGUAACUGAGUUAGUAACUGAGUUACUUUUGAAAUAAAGUAACUAGUAACUGUAACUAGUUACUGGUUUUCAGUAACUAACCCAACACUGUAUAUAAGUAUGAGAUAUAUACCGGCAAAAAAGAUUUUGUAAAUGUUUAUUUACACACCUAAAUUGUUUCCAAACGAUGCCUGUAACACAGCAGUGAAACUGCCGAUCAAACAAAACAGAAGUCAUCAACAUGGACCCACUAGCUACUGAAGCUACAGUAGCUCUCCAAUCAGCUAAACAAACUCAAUAACUCCACUGUGAUGUUUUAGAGAAUUUACAAAACAAUACAAAAAGAAUGCCAUUGUAAGUUAAUAAUAUUAACACAGACACUUGUGAAUGUGUUAGCAUAUUCGCUAAUGUUAACGACGCUAGCUUGAUUACAUUACGAUAGCAUGUACAACAAUGCAUGAAAACACUCCUACAGACAUCCCACAUGGGACGGUUUUGUAAGUAUGAAUUGUUUAAGUCAUAUUGUAAAACGUACAAAUGUUGCAUGGAGUGAUGAAUGAGAAUCCUUUCGAGCAGAACCGGUAUGGACGGUUAUACUUCAGGUUCCAGGCAUGAAACAGGAAGUACAUGUAAACCCGCAGCACCUGCAGUGAGCAAACUCAUCCAAAAGAUGGUGCCACAGCACAAACAAUAACACACCUUUUCAAUGUCUCUGUCAGGCAUAAUAUGAAAACUAUUUGUUGAAUACAAAAUAUUAUUGCCGUUAGCAAAGAAAAAUCCAUUGAUUAGCCACACUGUUUUAUAAGACGCAGUGUGCAAAGCAUUGUAAAAAUGUAGUGGCUUAUA